GUCAGAUUCACGUGACUUUACAGCUCAAAGUUUUGUGGUGUUGAUGAAGGAAAGGAAAUACAGAAGGGACUCGAGGUCAUUCUCAGAGCUGCUUUUAAAGCGCCGUGUUGUGAAAGCGGCUGGAAUGAAAUAAAGCGUGAGAAGAGCUGAUCGCGCUGUUUCAUGUGGAGCUGAGGAAAAGGCGUCACGGUGAUUAUUUUAAGCGGAACAUGGCGGCGGAGCAGCAGGACUCAAACACUGAUCAUCAAAACACAGAUGUUCAGGAAAGUUUGGUGUGUUCUGCGGAGCUGGGCCGACCGGCGUUCGGGGAGAAUAACGGGCAUUUCUCCAGCAGCAGUCCGGAGGAAGACGCGUUUACUCCCACCUCUGUGAUUUACUUUAAAGAAGCCCUGGAUUCUGCUAACGUCCAGUUUGCUAAGAAAGUCUCGGAUCCUCCUGGCACGGUGAAGUAUGAGUUUCACAUCGAAACAACCAAGAAAACCAAAAAUCCCAAAGACCCCAUCGCCAUCGAGAGGCUUAACCUGAUGAACAUGGCCAAGCUGAGCAUCAAGGGUCUGAUCGAGUCUGCUCUCAACCUGGGCCGCACGCUGGACUCUGACUACGCCCCGCUGCAGCAGUUCUUCGUUGUGAUGGAGCACUGUCUGAAACACGGACUCAAAAGCAAGAAGACGUUCCUCGGCCAGAACAAGUCGUUUUGGGGUCCUCUGGAACUGGUGGAGAAAUUGACUCCAGAAGCUGGUGAAAUCACAGCUAGUGUCAAAGAUCUUCCUGGACUAAAAACUCCUUUGGGAAGAGGCAGAGCAUGGCUGAGACUGGCCCUCAUGCAGAAGAAGCUCUCAGACUACAUGAAGACCAUCAUUAACAGAAAGGAUCUUUUAAGUGAGUUCUACGAGCCCAAUGCUCUGAUGAUGGAGGAAGAGGGAGCAGUAAUUGCGGGACUGUUGGUGGGACUCAAUGUCAUUGAUGCAAAUUUGUGUAUGAAAGGAGAAGACUUGGACUCGCAGGUUGGCGUGAUAGAUUUUUCCAUGUAUCUAAAAGACGGAGGUCACAGCAGCAAGAGCACAGAGGGUGAUGGACAAAUCACAGCAAUCCUUGACCAGAAAAAUUAUGUUGAGGAGCUCAACAGACAUUUAAGUGCUUCUGUGAAUAACCUACAAGCCAAAGUGGAUGCCCUUGAAAAGUCCAACACAAAACUUACAGAGGAGCUUGCAGUUGCAAACAACAGAAUCAUCACUUUGCAAGAGGAGGUAGAGAGGAUGAAGGAGGAAAGCUCUUACCUUGUGGAGUCCAAUCGCAAGGCGUUGAGACCAGAUGGAGCUGCAGACGGCCAAGUGCUUGGAGAAACUCGAAAGCAGCUUAAAGAGGAAACUCAGCUCCGACUGGAUGUGGAGAAAGAGCUGGAAGUGCAGAUCGGGAUGAGACAGGAGAUGGAAUUGUCUAUGAAGAUGCUGGAGAAGGACAUUUGUGAGAAGCAUGAUGCGCUGGUGGAGCUCAGACAUCAGCUGGAUGAUCUGCGCAGAAUCAACUACGAGCUCUCCAACAAGACCCAGAGCUCAGAGACCAGUGUGAAACAGAAGAGUGAGAUCAUCAGUCGCUUUGAAGAGAAAACGAACCAGAUGGCAGCCACUAUUAAACAACUGGAGCACAGAUCUAAACAGGCAGAGAAGCAGAGGGACCUGGCCGAGGAGGCGAACAGGCUCUUCAAGCAGGAGUUUGGAGAUAAAAUUGCGAGUCUGCACCAAGAAGUGGAGCAUUUCAAAAAGCAGAGGAACAGUUUGGAGCAGGAGUUGAAGAAGGAGCGAGGGAGGCGGAGUAGUCAGCAUUCAGAUACCCUGCUGGGAAAAACCCCUCCAAACAAAGACGUGCGGCAGCAAGUGGAGGACAUAAGAAAGGAGCUGGAAGCAGUCAAAAAAGAGAACGACACACUUCGCAACGUGUUAGAAGAGAAAACAAGUCUCAGUUCAAAUCUAUCCCUUUCCCAUGAAGACGAACAGAACCAGUCACUUGAUGAAGAGCCAGAGCUGUCUGUCUGCACAAAGUGCAAACAUUCGGAAGCUCUAAGCAGUCCUAAGCAGGAGUGUAAGAACUGCAGAGGUGUGUUCUGCAACAACUGCAUGCUCAAUGAAAUUCCCCUGCCCUCGUCCAUCACCCCAGAACGUGUGUGUGACGUGUGCUACUCCCAGCUCCUGCAGCAGUAUGCUUCAAACCCAUCCUGAGUCGCUUGUACUUUCUUAUUUCAGUAAAGAAUUUACAAAACUGGAACACAUUCCAUUUAAUCCAUGGUUAAGCUUUAAUCACCAGCAAACAUGCAGUGGUGUUUUCUGUUUAAUUAUGCUUUUUUGAGAAGGGGUGUGUGUGUGUGUUACUUGCAUUUAUUUGCAUCAAAUUCAGCAUCAUGUUGUAGAUGAGUGAUGUCCACUAAGUGGACUAACGCAGUACUACUUGAAUUGUUUAUGAAAUCAACCGUUUUAUUCUGAUUGUUUUCCUUGAUUAUGCAGCCUGCAGCAAGAUGUCCAAAAUAAUUAAGGGCAAGUGCUACAAAUAAUGCAAAUGACUAGUUAUAGAGGAAAUGAGAACUUGUGUACAAAAAUGUCUGAUACACUAAGAUUUUAACAGACUGGAGCAGAAGUAAAUUAUGCUGUCAGACAGCCAGAAUCAUCUCUAUAUAAUUAAUUGUGGAUGCUGUUAAGUUAACCUACAAUAACACUGACAUUUUAAUAAACAGUUUGUGGCAGUUUUUCUCAGCUCUAAUGGCUCAAUAAAGAUUUACUAUGUCAAGAUAA